UAGUCAGGAAGCAGCCACACUUCAUAUUAUACUCCAUGCACACACUAGAUACUAAAUACUAUAUACUAGAUAUAUAUCAGUCAGGAGCUCCGCAGCGAACCGAAGGGUCUGUUUAUACUUCUUAUUAUACUACAUACACAUACUAGAUACUAUAUACUAUACUAGAUUUCAGUCAGGAGCUCCGAAGCAAAACGAAAGGGACCAGAGGAGUGAUGGAGGGUCUGGGUUCUGGGACCAGAGGAUUGAUGGAGGGUCUGGGUUCUGGGACCAGAGGACUGAUGGAGGGUCUGGGUUCUGGUUCAGGGACCAGAGGACUGAUGGAGGGUCUGGGUUCUGGGUUUAGUGACCAGAGGACUGAUGGAGGAUCCAGAACCUGAACCCAAACUGGUUCUGGUCUUCAGCGGGAAACGGAAGUCCGGGAAGGAUUACGUGACAGACCUGAUUCACAGCCGUUUGGGACCAGAUGUUUGCUGCAUCCUGCGUCUGUCUGGACCUCUCAAACAGCAGUACGCUCAGGAGCAUGGUCUGGACCUGGACCAGCUGCUGGGACCUGGUCUCUAUAAGGAGCAGUUUCGGGCCGAUAUGAUUCUUUGGGGAGAAACUCGCCGACGCCACGACCCCGGAUUCUUCUGUCGCCUAGCAACCAGGGGAGCACGGCAACCUGUUUGGGUGGUCAGUGAUGCUCGCCGGCUGUCUGACCUGCGAUGGUUCUUCUCAGAGUUUCCUCGACAGACUCGAAGUGUUCGAGUUCAAAGUUCAGAAACCACUCGGACACAGAGGGGGUGGAGCUUCACCACAGGUGUGGAUGAUGCAGAGUCUGAGUGCGGCCUGGACAGCGGCGUGGAGUUUGAUUGGAUCAUCACCAACGAGGCCGACGCCCCUUCACUAGAAGAGCAGCUGCAGCCAAUCCUGAAGCUCGCCGAGGAAGCAGCAUCAUCAUCAUCAUCAUCAUCGCUGUGAUAACGCACCUUUAUAGAGGAAGCAGCAUCAUCAUCAUCGCUGUGAUAACACACCUUUAUAGAGGAAGCAGCAUCAUCAUCAUCGCUGUGAUAACACACCUUUAUAGAGGAAGCAGCAUCAUCAUCAUCAUCAUCAUCGCUGUGAUAACGCACCUUUAUAGAGGAAGCAGCAUCAUCAUCAUCAUCGCUGUGAUAACGCACCUUUAUAGAGGAAGCAGCAUCAUCAUCAUCAUCGCUGUGAUAACACACCUUUAUAGAGGAAGCAGCAUCAUCAUCGCUGUGAUAACUCACGUUUACAUAUUUUUAUAAACAGAAACUUGUCUGAUGAAUAAAAGCCAGCGAGUCAGUU